AUGAUAAUUAAUUUUUUAUUAAAUUCAAUAGUUGGUACUGUUAAAUUAGAUGAAAAUCCAAAUAUUAAUUUAAAAAACAAUAUAAACAAUAAUGAUAAUAAUAAAGAGAAUUCAAUUGAAAUUAAUGAUUACCUUCAAACACUUGUAAAAGAAGAAGAUUUUAAGAAUCAACAUACAGAUCCAAAUUUUAAAUUUUUAGCAUUAAGAUCAACUAAAGUACCAAUAGAUGAAUAUAAUCCAGAGAAUUACCAAUUGAAAUUUGUUCAAAUCAUUACAAGACAUGGUAGAAGAACACCAGAAUCAAAGAGAUAUCCAUUAACAAUGUGGACUUGUAAUUCAUUGGAUCAAUUAAUUACAAAUAAAGAUACUUCAAGACCAGAUUGUAAUAUGGGUCAAUUAACUGUACUCGGUAUUGUAGAUCAAAUUAAUGUUGGUAAAGCUUAUAGAAAUCUAUUCAUUAAUAAUCUUCAUUUCCUUGAUAAUAAAUAUAAUAAAGAUCAAAUCUUUAUUAGAUCUUCAAAUCGUGAAAGAACAAUCUCAAGUGCUAGAUCUUUCAUGCAUGGUCUUUAUGGUGGUUCUUUUGCUGAUGAUCAAGAAAAAUCACCAAAUCAUUCUUCUUUCUUAAUUUUAGAUGAAAAAGAUGAAAAUAUGUAUCCAAGAUCUUCUCCAAAAUAUAAUUUUUUAAAAGGUUUAUUAAAAAAACAUAAAGCUGUAAUUGAAGAAAAUGAAAAGAGUAAUUUAAAAGAAUUUACUGAAAAGAUUAAAAAUAUUUUUGAAGAUAGCAAAUUUGAUACUGCUUUUUAUGUACCAAGUUGGAGAUCAUAUGCAGGAUUAGUGAAUUCAUUUGAUUGUUUUAGAAAUAAUGGUUUACCAUUACCAAAAGGAUUUACAAAUGAUGUUAUUCAAAGAAUGUAUGAAGAGAGUGCAAAAGAAUUUAAGAGUGCAAGAUUAUUCCCAGAGAUGUCAAUAUUGGGUAUUGGUAGAUUCGUUAAUGAUUUAACAAAACAAAUGUAUUUAAAGUCUGUUAAUGAUCCAUCAGUAAAAGAUUUAAAACUUUCAUUAUAUUCAGGUCACGAUACUACAUUGGCAGCAUUAUUGGUGGCUUAUGAUAUGUAUGAAGAUAAUGUUCAUCCAGUGACUUCAUCAGCUUUGGAAUAUCUUUUAUUCCAAGAUAAAAACUAUAAAGAACCAGAAGUUGUCACAAAAUCAAAUGAAAAGGAAUUAAUCAAUCAUCAAUAUGUUAAAGUUAUCUUUAAUCAUAAACCAAUUCAUAUUGGACCAUGUAAAGAUAAAGAAGUAGACGGUAUGUGUCCACUCUCUGAAUUCCUUAAAAUCUCACAAUCAAUCAUUCCAACAAAUUAUGAUGAACAAUCAAAAAUUACUGAUGAAGAAAAGAAUAAAUAUAUUCAAGAAUCAACCUAA